AUGAGUCUCACACUUUUCCUCACCCUCCUGGCCCUCCUCGCCAGCACCGCCUCCACGACGCCGAGCCUCGAACGAGAAUGGGGCCCCGUCCUCGCAGCCGACAAAGACACCUCAGACCUCCAAAACCUCGUGCCCUCAACCCGAAUCGACCUGGCCUACGGUCUCAACGACUCGAAGCCCGCCAACGUCACCCUGGACAUGGACUACCCCACCAUCCUGCUGGAACACGUGAAGGCCGCCUCGACCGUCGUGUGCACCAACACCACCGUCAACAUCACGUUCGACGACCCGGCCGCCUACGAGCGCAGCAGGGCCGAAUGGUCGGACCAGGGCGAUCUCGUCCUGGUCACCAACCAUCAGGGCAACUGCGAUGUCGCGAACGAGCGGGGCAUAUUCCUGGCGCGCAGCCUGGCCUGGCACGAGGACGACAUGACGGUGGUCGCGAGUGGGGACAAGAAGGACGUGUUGAACACAGCCACCACACUCGAGAUGGAGUUCACGCACCUCAGGACGCCGCAGUACCCUCACAACCUGAGCCAGCACGACGUCCAGUUCAACAGAUCAGGCUACAACUUCCUCGGAAACUUCUCGCUGGACCACGAUCUGCAGAUCUUCUCCGAGGGUGACGCCUUCUACGCCUCGGCGCACGAGCUAGUGCUACGCGACAACGUCACCAUAUCGGGGUAUUUGAAGUACGACAUACUAUCGCACCGGCUCGAGAGCCUGUACUUUGACAUCGCGGCGUCGUUCGAAGCGGACCUGAGCCUGAUCUUCCACUUCACGGCCCCCUACUCGCGCAACUUCACGUGGGCGCCAGACGCGCUGGAGUACUCGAUGGUCAACAUCCCGAAGCUCGUGCGGCUGGGGCCGUCCCUGAAGUGGGACAUCGGCGUCGACAUGGGCGCGGCGGCGGCGGCCACGCUCAGCUUGUGCGUGCAAGCCGCGGUCCCAGACGGCCACGUGCACAUCGACGUCGUGGACCCGACGCGCUCGACGGCGUCGGGCUGGACGAGCGCGGCGCACAACGUGUCGAUCGACACGUCGGACGAGACCACGACGAUCCACGCCUCGCCCUACGUCGACUUCGGCGUCGAGCUCGCACUCGACGUGCUCGACGGCCGGCUCGACCUCAGCACCGGCGUCUCCGUCGAGCCCAAGUACGUCAACGAGCUGGCUGCGCCCGCGGCGGGUACGGACGACCGCGCGCCUACGCUGCCGUGGCGGCCGAUCGGGCCCGGUACGCCCACGGCGGACUGCGGGCUGAUGUGGCACUCGGCGUUCGAGUUCGACGUCAUCGCGUUCGCCACGCAGUGGGUUUCCAAGACGUUGUAUAGCGUCCAGGCGGGGGUGACUGAUCGGUGCUUGGGUUGA